AUGACAGAUAUCAAUCAAUUAGCUCAAAAUUGGUUAAAAUGGGAUAGAAACCCAAAGACACACAAGGAGAUUGAGCAAUUAGUAGAAGCUAAAGAUGAAAAUGAAUUAAGAGCUAGAUUAGAGAAUAGAAUUGCUUUUGGUACUGCUGGUAUUGUAUCAACAACGAUCGUUCAAUCACAUAUGAAUAUAGGACCAAUGAAAGCAGGUUUUGCAAACAUGAAUGAUUUAACAGUGAUUCAAGCAAGUCAAGGUCUUAGUAUCUAUGUUCAAGAAACAAUUUCACAAGCUCAAUCAAAGGGUGUAGUUGUUGGAUAUGAUGGUAGAUACAAUUCAGAAGUAUUUGCUAAAUUGACAGCUGCUACUUUUGCAUCAAAAGGUUUCAAAGUUUAUUUGUUCUCAAAGAUUGUACCAACUCCAUUUGUUGCAUUUGCAGUACCAGAACUUGGUGCAAGUGUUGGUGUUAUGGUAACUGCAUCACAUAAUCCAAAGGAUGAUAAUGGAUAUAAAGUUUAUUGGGAUAAUGGAUGUCAAAUUAAUACUCCACAUGAUAAGGGUAUUGCCAAACAAAUUGAUUUAAAUUUAGAACCAUGGACUAUUAAUAUUGAUAAAUUACUUUCAAGUGAAUUAGUCAACGAUCCAUUGGAAACAAUUAGUAAUGCAUAUUUUUCAAAGAUUUAUAGUUAUAGUGUCAAGAAUCGUUCGACACCAUUAGAGUUGGCAAAUGAAAAGGUUGUUUAUACUGCUAUGCACGGAGUAGGAGGUGAUUAUGUUAAAAAGGCGUUUGAAACAUUUAAAUUACCACCCUAUGUUGAAGUAGCUCAACAAAUCAAACCAGAUCCAGCAUUCCCAACGGUUGCCUUCCCCAACCCAGAGGAAGGAAAAGGUGCUUUGAAACUUUCAAUUGAAACUGCAGAAUCUGUAAACAGCAGACUCAUUCUUGCCAAUGAUCCAGAUGCUGAUAGAUUGGCAGUUGCUGAAAAAUUAAAAGAUGGAUCAUGGAAAGUAUUUAAUGGAAAUGAAAUUGGUAUUUUAUUGGCAGAUUGGGCAUGGACCAAUGCAAAGAUUAAUCAUCCAGAUGUACCAGCCGAAAAAUUCUUUAUGAUUAAUACUGCUGUUAGUUCGGCCAUGCUAAAGACAAUGGCAAAGAAGGAAGGAUACAUUUGCGAGGAGACCUUGACAGGAUUCAAAUGGGUUGGUAACAAGGCCAAGGAGAUGAUUGACCAAGGUUACAAGUUCUUGUUUGCCUAUGAAGAGGCUAUUGGAUUCAUGUAUGGUGACGUUUCUUUGGACAAGGAUGGUGUCAGAUGCGCACCAAUCUUUGCUGAAUACGCACUCAACCUUUACGCCAAUGGAUCAUCGUGUCAAGACCACUUGGACCAUCUCAUGCAACGUUAUGGCUACCACAUUAGCAAGAAUAGAUACUUUUUCUGCUACGAGCCAUCCAAGAUGGUCAGAAUAUUCAACGACAUUCGCAAGUCAAACAACGGCCAAUUCCCAGACAAGUGUGGUCCCUAUGAAAUCAUCCGUAUCCGUGAUUUGACAGUCGACUAUGACACUGCCUACCCAGACAACAAGGCUCGUCUCCCAGUCAGCACUUCCACCCAAAUGAUCACCUUUUACUUUAAGAAUGGUGCCAUUGCAACCCUUCGUGGUAGUGGAACCGAGCCAAAACUCAAAUACUAUGUUGAAAUGAUUGGAGACAACAAACAAGAGGUUGAAUCUACCCUUCAACAAGUCGUUCAACAAGUAAUUGACAACUUCCUUCAACCAGUUGUAAAUCAACUUACUCCACCAAAAGAUGAUUAA